AUGAUAUUUUGGCUAAUCGUUCCGAAACAGUGUACAGACGAUGACUUCGGUGCAGGGAAACAGUUUACAGACGAUGACUUCGGUGCAGGGAAACAGUGUACAGGCGUUGACUUCGGUGCAGGGAAACAGUGUACAGACGUUGACUUCGGUGCAGGGAAACAGUGUACAGGCGCUGACUUCGGUGCAGGGAAAAAGUGUUCAGGCGCUGACUUCGGUGCAGGGAAACAGUGUACAGGCGUUGACUUCGGUGCAGGGAAACAGUGUACAGACGUUGACUUCGGUGCAGGGAAACAGUGUACAGUCGUUGACUUCGGUGCAAGGAAACAGCUACUCUUCCUCGCUCUUAACUAG